AUGCGUCUUCGCGAGCGUGAGAAUGAAGAGCGAUGCGCAAUGCGCAAACACGAACUUGUUCUGGAGUUACUGCGACAGCGCAAGUCGGUCAAGGACAUCGAGAAGUUUAUCACAGAGAACGGCUGA